AUGGGUGUUUUAUCAGCUGGUCGUCCAUUGACUUGGAAAGAAAUUGUCGAAGUUCGAACAUUGUUGAAAAACGAUGCGUGUAACGAUUUAAUAAAAAUCUUCAGAAAACAUUCAGAAAGAAAAAACGAUCCGUUUCUAUGGGGUGAUGAAAUCGAAUAUUCGUUAGUUCGUUUUGAUCAUGAGAAUCAACAUGUGCAAUUAUUACUCAAAGCAGAUGAACUUUUAGCAAAAUUAAAUGAAAAUUUGGAUAAAGAAAGUUGUCCAGUUGAAUUUCAUGCUGAAGAUUGUAAUUUUGUCAUUGAAGGAAUUCCAUCGAUUCCAUAUUCAUCGCAAAUCUCUUCAUUUCCUCUCGUAGAAACCAAUAUGAAAUCGAGACGUGAAGUUGUGCAACGGUUUUUGAAUCCAAAUGAAUUCAUUUUGACAUUUUCGGCAUUUCCGAGAUUGGGCUGUUUUCAUUGUACUUAUCCAGAAUAUGAAAGUGAUCCUUUGAAUAGUUUCGAAUAUUCAUUAACUUGUUCGGAUUAUUACAAAACACCAGAAUAUCCGAGAACAAUGUUUUUGAAUAAAAAUGUCAUCGAACGUCGUCAAGGCAAAGUUUCUGUGAACGUUCCAAUCAUGAAAGACACGAACACAUCGGAUCCAUUUGAAGAUGAUUUUUCUUCUUAUGGAGUUGAAAAUUGGCAAAAAUAUGUUGAAACUCGUCAAAUCAAUCAUAUUCAUUUAGAUUCAUCAUCAAUCGGUUGGGGUUGUUCGUGUUUACAAGUUACUCUUCAAGCAUCGUCAUUUCACGAAAGUCUUCUGCUUUAUGAUCAAUUAAUUCCACUUACACCGCUUUUUUUAUCGUUGAGCACAUCGUGUCCAAUUUGGCGGGGUUAUUUAAGUGAAGUUGAUAGUCGAUGGAAUAUUUUAAGUAAAACAACAGAUGAUCGAACAAAUGAAGAAUUAAAUGAGAAUUUAAUUGAAUUUUCUCGAUAUGCAUCAGUUCCGUGUUAUUUAUUAAAUUCAAGUGAAUCUUUUAAUGAUUUAUUUAUUCAUUAUGAUAAAGAAAUUUAUGAGAAAUUAAUUGAAAACAAUUGUCCAUCGGUUGUUGCUAAACAUUUUGCACAUUUGUUCAUUCGUGAUCCACUUUAUGUCACAGAUCAACAAGUCAAUUUCGAACAAAAUUCAUCGACAAAUCUUUUUAAAUUCGAAAAUCACAAUUCGAUGAUUUGGAAUUCACUUCGAUUUAAACCACCAGUGACCGAUGAAAUGACUUCAUUGGGAUGGAGAAUCGAAUUUCGUCCAAUGGAGCUUCAAUUAACCGACUUCGAAAAUGCGGCAUUGUCUGUGUUUUUAAUUUUAUUAACUCGAUCGAUUUUAUCAUUUGAAAUUGAUUUACGAAUUCCUAUUUCGUUAAUUCAUGAGAAUAUGCAACGAGCACAAGUGAAAAAUACAAUUCAACAAAUGAAAUUUUAUUUUCGAAAACAAAAUCACAUCUGUGAAAUGACAAUCGAUGAAAUUAUUAAUGGUUCAGAAAAUUAUUUUGGUUUGAAAUCUUUAGUUUUAAAUUAUUUAAAUUCAUUUGAAGAUAUUGACAUUUCAACACGACAGACAAUGAAUGAAUACAUCGAAUUUAUUUCUCAACGUGCCAAAGGAGAUUUGUUGAGCAAUGCCAUGUGGAUGAGAAAAUCCAUUGAAAAUCAUCAUUUGUAUCAACAUGAUUCAAUUGUCAGUGAACAAAUUCAAUAUGAUUUAUUUCGUCAAAUCGAACAAAUUGCAAAUCAGAAACAAUUAAAUCUUUCUCAUCUCAUUUCAAAUUAA